UGAACCAACUCAAAAUCAUCAAGACCUUUACACUCGAAAGAUUCACACAAUACAUAACACAUCGCAAUGUCGAGUAAACGAGGCGGUCGCGGAGGAGGCAAUCGAGGUCCACUCCCACGCAAUGUCCAAGUCUCGAAGAAGAUCUCAUGGCUACUACGCCACGGCGCGGAAAAGGAAGGCCUUCAACUCGGACCCGGCGGUUUCAUCGGCGUUCAGGAUGUACUCAGUAAUCGAAACUUGCGCUCACUCAAAGUCACAUUUGACGAGCUGCGAGCUAUUGUUCAGGACAACGAGAAGCAACGCUUCACGAUGGUGCUCAAAUCGAGCAUUGACCCGAAUGGUGCUGUGCUAGAAGACGAGGACCCCACAGAUAUUCCUACACAAACGCCGUUACCCUCCGAAGAUCCGAAAGACUACCUCAUUCGUGCAAAUCAAGGCCACAGUCUGAAGGUGGAAUCAGAAGGGCUCCUAAAACCCAUCACGCCGGAGACCGCACCGAAAAACGUCGUCCACGGAACCACGCACUCAGCCUGGCCGCUCAUUGUCGCUUCUGGAGGUCUCAAACCGAUGGGUCGAAACCACGCACACUUUGCUUCUGGACUCCCGGCAGGCUUCAAGUCGCUGGUAGAAGAAGACAGUGCAGCGACGGAUGCGGCGCCGGUGAUCUCGGGCAUGCGCAAGUCUUCUACUGUAUUGAUGUUUCUGGACAUCGCCAAGGCGAUGGAGGCGGGCGUGAACUUUUGGCUGAGCGACAACGGUGUCAUUCUGAGUGAGGGGAAUGAGAACGGGGUCAUUCCUCUGGAAGUCUUCCGGCGUGUGGAGGAUCGGACGGGGGAAGGAGUCUUGUUGGAGGAUGGCAUGAUUGUCAAGGAAGCGCCUGAGAAGUGGAGUGCGAAACGCAACGACAACUCAUAA